AACGCUGAGUCAUAGUUAAGUGCAGCAGCUGCCAUCUACAUUGUAAAAUUAAAACGAAUUCGUGUUUUUGAAUGACAUAUCAUAUGGCACGUCACAACUGCAGAGUUUUUGUCUAUUUUGUGAAAAGGAAAUUUUUUUUGUUUAAUUUUAUUAAAAUCCAAGAGUUUUCGUGAAAGAUUUCUAAACUAUUUUCAGUCCAUAGAAUCCCACAGUGAGAUCAUUUGCAAUUGAUUUACAGUCGAACAUAGUGUGACAAUUGAAAGGGUCCGAAACGCUCGAUUACCAUUAUCGCCCUGGAAUCGUAUAUUGCGUAGAGAAUAGAAAUUUCUAAUUGUUGAUUUGAUUAUGAAAUGCCAGCAAGACGUCGUUUUGCCGACACAGAGUCGGACGAGUCAUUUCCAUUAGUCAUAACCGAAGAGCACGAAGAGAAAAAGAAAUAUUCGGGAAACAAGUGGAACAUUGGCAACUUUUUGCAACAGCAAUUGGCCUACGUUCAGUUACCUUCAGUAAAUACACAACAGCAUCAACAACAACAACAACAAACGCAUUUCGUUGACAACAAUCAUUCGAAUAGACAGUCGCCUUACUUUGACGAAUCGGAAGAAGAAGUGGAAAUUAUAGUUAUGACGGCACGGGACAGAACUAACGAAUUUUCGAAUGCGAUCCGUUCACUACAAAGUCGAAAUAUUACCCGAGCGGUGAACAUUAAGGAUCCGAAGCGAGCCACACAACUGCAAAGCUAUGGCGAGUUUAUGAUGAUAGCGAAACAUGUUGGCAAGAACAUCGCCAGCACAUACACGAAAUUAGAGAAACUGACACUCUUGGCCAAACGCAAAUCGCUGUUCGACGAUCGACCCGCCGAGAUUCAGGAGUUGACCUACAUCAUCAAGGGUGAUCUGAAUUCGUUGAAUCAGCAAAUUGCUCGACUACAAGAAGUGUCAAAAUCACAGCGGAAAACCAGCAGCGGUAAACAUUUACUCUCACAUUCGUCAAAUAUGGUUUUGGCUCUGCAAGCGAAAUUGGCCAACAUGAGCACGAAUUUUAAGCAAAUCCUUGAAGUGCGAACCGAAAACCUUAAACAACAGAAGUCUCGACGAGAUCAAUUCAGCCAAGGACCCAUCUCUAGUAAUCCUCCACCAUCGGCAAUGCGUGGUAAUGCUCAAGGCAGUCUAUUAUUGAUUGAACAAGACCAAGUGGCAAUUGAUUUCAAUGCGUCGUCGCCACUUCUGCAACCCAACCAGCAACAAAGUCAAACCCAGCAAAUGAUGCUCUACGACGAGAGCGACAAUUACGUUCAGCAACGGGCUGAAACUAUGCAAAACAUCGAAAGUACUAUCGUUGAAUUGGGUGGCAUAUUCCAGCAAUUGGCGCAUAUGGUGAAAGAACAGGAAGAAAUGGUGGAACGGAUCGAUACCAAUGUGCAAGACGCUGAAUUGAAUAUUGAAGCGGCACACGGACAGAUUUUGAAGUAUUUCCAAUCGGUGUCGAAGAAUCGCUGGCUGAUGAUUAAGAUAUUCGGUGUGCUGAUCAUGUUCUUCAUAUUUUUUGUUAUUUUUCUGGCAUAACGUCUACCGGUAUGUAUAUUAUCCACACUUGUCCUUAUGCGAAUGUAUUGGGUGCGUUGCUUCGGAAACGACACUCGCAUUGCAGUUUAAUUCAAUUUUAUGGCCUUGUUUUGUAAAUAAACCUAUGAAUAUAAAGUCA